AUGAUCAGAGGCGUUCGGCGUGUGAUUCGUCUGUCGCGUACCACCGGGCAAGCCGCCCGCCAGUCGCACUCGGAGGCUCAGCAUCACCGCACCAACCUCACCGCGGUCAUCGCGGCCUCUGCAGCUGUCGCGACGGGAGCCGCACUCUAUUGUACGCACACAAUCAUUCACAAUGACGCUCCCGCCGCCGACGCUGCCCAGCAGAAGGCACUCAGCCCGAGACUAUCCCUGGAUGCGCUGAGCUACAAAGAUAACGCGCUGCACACCCUCGUGUGGGGCUCAAACAAAACACAUGUCCUAGAUUUGGACGAGCAGACAACGGAGUCAAUCCGUACGCCUGCAGCGGCGGCAUGGCUCGAGAAUGUCGCCCUCCGCGACCUGGCGCUUCAUGAGCGGCACGCGGUGUGUGUCGAUGCUCGCGGGGAUGUCUACCAAUGGGGAGACGGGUUCGGUAGUAAGCCGGGCUGGUCCUCGGGCAAACCGGCGCUCACGCUACGGGGAAAGAAUAUCGUGCGCGUUCAAGCAACGCCCUCCCGCGUCUUCGCUCUGUCUGCGUCCGGCCGCAUCUAUGUCCUCUCGUCUUCCGCCACUGAGCAGGCCCUGCCUGCGGGCGUCCCCACACCAGCCAGCUCGCCGUGGUGGGGAACUGGCUGGUUAUGGGGUGAGGAAGAAUAUGUCGACUUUGCGGAGAUCCUCCCGAGCGAGAAACUCGGGUGGAAUGAGAGAUUCACAUCUAUAGCAGCAGGCUCGGACCAUCUGCUCGCUCUCACAUCCUCGGGGCGCACGUUUGCGCAUCCCAUCUCGAUGAAUGCAAACAGUCAUGGGCAGCUGGGGUUCCGCAGGUUUGAUGUCCCGUCGCCAGCGACUGCAGGCUUGCCGCAUGGCCAUGCACGAGUUCCAGUGGAGCUGACGCCGAAGUCGAUCGCGGAUCCCUAUGCGAAAGCAAGUCCGGCAAUCCGGCGUGUCAGCGCGUCGCCCGACGAACACGGGGCCGCUGGUGCGGCGGGUGGCCUCGACGACAAAAGCAUCCGUUUCUCCGACCGCCUGUUUGAAGUGCCCGCGCUCAAAGGUGUGUAUGUUGACCGUAUCGCUGUCGGCGCACGAACUAGCUUCGCGAAGACAACUUCGGGGCGCGUGCUCGGCUGGGGUGCGAACGAGUUUGGGCAGAUAGGACUCGGAAGUCAGGUCACUCUGGACACGAUUACCGUACCGACAGAAGUUAUACUGUGGCGGAACACGCCUUCUGGGAUGCGCACAACGUGUCUCGACAUCUACGCGGGCGGCGACUUGACGUUCUUCCAGGUGGAACGCGCAGAUGGAAGCGCGAUGCCUUACAUCGACGUCCUCGCAUGCGGGAACGGCCAAUUUGGCGGACUGGGCAAUGCCCUGUUUAGCAAUGCACAGAGCUCGCCUGUGCGCGCGCGAAACGUCAGCGGGCUCCUCGAGUUCAGUGAGAAGCAUAACAAUCUGCAGCCUGUCGUGCCUCACGACAUUUCCGUUUCGCCGACUGGACAUGUCCUGCUGACGUUGGACACCCUCGCCCAUAGCGGCCCGGGCGCGACGGGGCGCGAUAUUCUAGCAUGGGGCGCCAGCUACGACUACCAGCUCGGCAACGGGAAACGCGGAAGCGUACCCACACCCACGAACGUGGCGAAUGGGGACGGAGAGCGGUUUAUGCUAGGAAAGCGGCGAGCAGGGGAGGUGAGGGAUCUGCAGGGCAAGCUGUGGAAGAAAAACAUCGAGGUGGAGCAGAAGGCGGUCGCAGGGUGGGGGAACAGCAUCGUCUAUUGGAAGAUCUAUUCGUAG